CUCGCAGCCAGCUUAUAAGACAUGUGGCUGAGACUUUCUGAAAUCUAUGCCUCGUUCGUGAUUAAAAUCACUUAUCGCUGCUAAUCAGAAUUAAUUUACAGCGAGUUGGACGCUGAAACUGUUCAGUAGGCGGGAGUCGGCCGCAGCUGCAGUCGAAGUUGUGAUCAGGACUUCCUGAGGUCAGAAAUGACCGGAGCUGAAAGUGGUGAGAUGAUUACACACACAACCAUACCUGUUGUUUUAUCCUCAAAGCGUGUUAUUUCUUUGUUCACAUUGCGUGUGUGUGAAUAUCCUCCUGUGUGUUCAGGGGGCCAGGGCCCUCUGGACGGGUCCGACACGGAGGACGCAGAGAAGUGUCCGGUGUGUCUGGGCGUCCUGUCUGGAGGAGAGCUCGCCAUGCCGGACAGCUGCUGCCAUGUUUUCUGCCUCAGAUGUCUCCUCACCUGGGCAGAGCUGCAGACGUCUCCUUCCUGCCCUGUGGACAGAAGAGCCUUCAGUAGUAUUUACAGAUGGGACGGCAGCCUCAGCCUUGUGCAGGUUCCUGUGAGGAGGAGAACAACUCAAACAGAAGCUGAAAGCUGCUGCUGUAGAAACCCUGAACAAAAAGCAUGUUUGAUAAGUAAACCUGGGAGAAGAUCGAGGCGACAGAAAACAGAGAGUUCGGCCGACGCCAAAACAAGAGGGCUUGUGAGAAAAUGUAACGAUGAGGAUCCUUCUUCACUGAGCAGGAAAAAGGCAAAGGCAGCAGAGUUCUGCACGUGGUCUCCACCCUCUUGUGUUUCAGUAACACCAACACAGGACGUUGCAGAUCCUGUGUGGUUGGCUGAGGACGGACCAGGUGUCGGGGAGUUUGAGUUCUGCAAAGCACGGGUACAACGUUGUCCUUGGCUCUCCUCUGCUGCUCCCAUCCCUGCUGACGGAGGAUUCAGACAUUUUCACAGAAGUGGUUGGAACAACUCGUUUCCAUACGGAUUCAUUUCAUCUUCGUUUACCUCCGACUCACCCUUGAAUCCGAGUCAUUUUGGUGAGUCAGUAUUUCAGGGUGUUGUCUGCGCGGUCACAUGUCCUAAAGGAGGAGGGAAGCGGGGCRGCAGGUCUUCAACACCCAAAGCAUCUACCAAAGAACAAGUGUCUAUACCCUCCAGAAGAUCUAGACGCAACAGUAAAAUCAACGAAGAGGCUCCUACAUCUGAUUCUAAAUCACCAACACAAUCCAGUAUGUCGGACUCCGACUCAUCCACUGGGCAAUCUGCAAAGCCGACCAAACCAUCUCCGGCACCGACCAAGAGGAAGGGGAAACGGGUAACGAAUCGAAAGGCCAACGGUAAAAGGAAAGCCAAGAGAAAAAAUUCCAGCAGCUCAGCGGCAAAUGAUGAUGAUGAGAAGGAUAAAGAGGGGGAUAAAAAUGAGACUGUAGAUGAAACUAAAGAGCAGGAUGUGAACGAUUCAGAACAGCAGCAAACCGAGGCUGAAGGUGACCUUCAGGAAGAACAGAGAGGUUUCAACUUCGCUGAGGAACAAGGAUGUUCAGAAACUUUAAAUAGUAUAGAGCAGAUUGAUGACGAGACUCAGGGACAAUCUGACGAAGAGCUACAAGAAAAGAAAGCUGAAGAUAGAAGCUGUGACCCCUCUUGUUCCUCAGAUUCAGCUCAGAGUAGCCCUGUUCUAUGUACUGAAAGCAAAACGGAAGAAGGAGGAGAAAAAGGUAGCCCAGUAAUGGCUGAAGAAAACAGGAGUCAGAAAAGGACUUCACAUUCAUUCUCUGACUCUGAAGACUCUCCGCUGAAAGACUUGGUGUCUCCUCAAAGUGAUGAGCACACGGAGCAGGAUGAUAACAUGGAAAUCCGUGUGCAGUCAGAAGAAUCCAACACUGGAGAAGCUUUGAAAGAAUUAAAAGUUGAACCACACAAAGAAUUGGCACAAUCUGGUGGGGAGUUAGAGGCAAACAUGGCAAAGAACGCCGCCUCAGAUGAAGAUACCACACCCAAAAGUGGCACCUCUUCCAAUGGGAAGAAUACGAUGCUCAAGGGGGAUGCCUCACCCAGCAGCGAUGUCUCACCAAAUGGGGAAGAUAACAUGCUCACGGGGGAUGCCUCACCCAACGGUGGCACCUCGCCCAAUGGAGAAGAUGUCAUGGUCAAGGAAGAUACCUUGCCCAAAGGCGGCACCUCGCCCAACAGGGUAAAUGUCACGCUGGAGCAGUACGUCUCAUCCAAAGAGGUUGUGUUUCCAAAGGGGGAUGCGUCACUCAAAGAGGAAGAUGACGUAGGCAAGGGUGGUACCGUGCCUGAAAGUGACACCUCACCAAUUGUGGACAGUUCCUCACUCAAGGUGGAAGAUACCACAUCAAAGGACAUCCUUGCACCCAGCGACAAUGGAACAUCGAAGGAUGACACAAAUGUUAUGCACAUGGAUUGCAGUUGGCCUUUGAGUGAACUUGGCAAGAGUUCCCUUUUGGAUCUUCCAGGUAUAAAGGCUUCCCCAGCUGCUUCAGAGACACAAAACACUAAAGUCAACAAGGACGGCAGCGCCACCGAACGACAGGAGAGGGAAUGGAGUCAGGAGAGGAAGAGCGAUAAGCAGCGGCGCUCUCGCUUCCACUCCCCAACGUCCAACUGGUCACCUCAGAGAGACUCCAAGAGGGAACCAGCCAGACGCUCACGGUCAAGAGAACGUGACGGCAGUGUGCCUUCAGGUCGGUCCUCACGAGCUCGCAGCAGAGACAGGGACCGAGACGGAGAGCGAAACUACUCUAGGAGGAACCGCAGUCGCGACAGGAGGCGUCGGAGAUCCAGGAGCCGCUCUAGAUCAAGGUCUCGGUCUAGAUCUAGAUCCMGAUCAAGAACAAGAUCCUACAGGCGAGGAUCCAGUCCUGAACGCGCACCUUCCAGAGAGCGGUCUCCUCAGAGGAAGGAACGUAGAGGUGGAUGGAAGUCUGGGGGUGAUGGUAGCUCUGGUCACGAUGGACGAAGAUAUGGAAGCACUAGCCGCUUUGAAAACGGUCUUACACCAGAAAGUUCCAUCGAUCGCCAGGGUUGGUCUGAAAAUCCAGACUGGGUGACAGAAAAGACUCGGAGUGAAAGUGAGAGCAGGAGCCGGGACUCUGGCUUCAGCACUGGCUCACGUUGGGAAGACCAACGCAGGAGCGGUGGAGAGUCUUUUGGCCGAGGGGGUCGUGGAGGAUUUGAACGUGGCAAUCGUAACUUCUACAACCAACAGGAUGACAGCACUGACAACCGCUGGAUGCCCAGGAACAACUUCUCAGGUAAAGGCAACAAUUCAGGAAACGACUCCUACAGCCGCUUCAAUGAAAACCGUGGCGGACGAAAGAAGGAGUCUGAGCCAGGAGAGUCUAUGGUGGACCGGUCAGGCUGGUCUUCAGCAUCCAGCUGGGCCGUCCGGAGGACUCUGCCUGCAGAUGUGCAAGAUUAUUACUCUAAAAGAGAUCGAGGAGGACCGAGCAGCUCCAUCUGGAACCAACAAGAGGAGGAGCAGCAGCCGGCAGCAGCAGAUCCCCCAAAGACCGAUCCUCCUCCUCCACCUCCCCAGGUGCAGGUAGCCUCGGGGAACGYCCCAGUAGCUGUGAUGAACGUGCUUCCUCCUCAUCCUCCUCAGCUCAACGUUCUUCAUCAUCAUCAGUACCCCAUCCAGAGCCUGCAGGGAUCCAUGCCGAUCACUUUGCAGCCUGCGGCCCCCUACGCCAUGCCUCCUCAGGUCCCUGUGCACCUCCACCGUGCCAUCCCCUUUGUUCAGGUGCCCGCUGUCGGCGCACAGGGCCUCCCACCCCCUCCUCCGCCACCUCCACCCAUGCAGGCAGGCAGCCAGACGGCAGUAACAUCAGCACCGCCUGACGGUCACACGACUCAGAUGGUGAGCACAGUUAUCGGCUACGGCAAACCCGCCCUUCUUAUCACGCCGACCAAAGCGAGCGUUGCCUCAGCGACACAACCAGCUCCCAGCCAGGUGCUGCCGUCCUCUACGACUCAGCCCAGCCAGCACAGCAAGGCUCAGGCUGACAGCUCCAAGAAAGAGAAGAAACAACAGAUCCAAGAGAAAGCUAUAAACGAAGUGAAAACAGCCAUCAAACCAUUUUACCAAAAGAAGGAAAUCACCAAGGAAGAGUACAAAGAGAUUGUCCGCAAAGCAGUAGAGAAGGUUUGUCACAGUAAGAGCGGCGAGGUGAACUCUAGUAAAGUGGCCAACCUGGUUAAAGCCUACGUGGACAAAUACAAACACGCCCGCAAGAAAUGACCAACCAGCCGCGCUGCUGCCGGAGCGGAGCAGCGACGCCCCUCAGACCCAUCCUGCUGCUCAAGUGCAAUUUCCUCCUGCUGGAUCCUGGCUUCCCAAAACGAAAGACAAUGGAGAGCUAGCUUUUUUUUUUAAUCUACCUUUUAUUGAAUGAAGUUUUUUUUUUUUAAAUAGAUUUUCAUAUUUUGUUAAAAAAAGAAUGACCUGAUCAUAAAUUGUAAUGCAAGAGCCCUUUAUUUUGCAUAAAUCACAGGACUUGGAAACUACUGUUUAGAGCGCAGCUUUGAGUGAGCAAUGAUGUCAUUGAGCGAGUCUGGUUGUUAAAUAUUAUUACUCUUUUUAAGAAAAAAAUGGGAAAAAAACACAAUAUUUCCAAUGAAAUCUUAGUCAAAAUUGCUUUGUUUAUUUUGAAACUGUGGCUCAAUCUGAUGAUUGUGAUUCUAAUCCAGUCCCCGAUUGGAUCCAAAGUAUAAUCCCCCCAAUCAGUAAUGUGUGACAGAGGGGUUCCUGCUUCCUGAAUGUGUAAUAAAUAUCAGAUUGUGUACAUGAACUGUGCAAACUAUCCAUAAAACAGUGGAAUAAAUUAGCAGCUUCUUUGUGUGCUGUUUGCUUCGUACCGUACGACGAGAUGAGUCAAUUCUGGUGUGUGUGUGUGUGUGUGUGUGUGUGUGUGUGUGUGUGUGUGUGUGUGUGUGUGUGUGUGUGUGUGUGUGUGUGUGUGUGUGUGUGUGUGUGUGUGUGUAGGUUGAAGCUCAGUAUCAUCUUAAAGCUCAGUUUUGAUAAUUUUGUAAAAAGAGACCUGACUUGAGCUUUAGUGAUUGAGAACUGGACUCCCUCUCAGAUUUUUUCAGAAGCCCCACCCACUUCUGCUCAAAUUAUCAGUGGCUUUGAGCCCCAUAUUUCCUCCGAAAACAAGAUUUAAAUAAAAAUGAUGGUUUAAUUUA